AUGUUUUCGUUUAUAUUUUCAUUCCUAAUGUUGGCUUGCAUUGAUGCUGAAUCGUUAUUGAACUAUAAGUUGAGUGAAGGAUCAAAACGGAAAUUAGAGGAGAGUAAACCAAAUAUAACUUCUUUAACUUGGGAACCAUUAAGGAUUCAUUAUGAAUUUUUGGAUAAUACAUACGAUCCUGCAUCAGUGAAAUUUUUAUAAACUGUACUGGGAAUCACAACUACAUUCUUUUAAAAACAUUUGUUAAUUCGGAGAUCAAGUUAAAAGAUUACUUAUUAAAGUAGUUAUCCAAAAUCAAUUUUUGGAUUCACAAUUAGCAACGAAUUAAAACAGAAAGAAUAUGAUGCAGAUUUAGUUUUAUUUAUAAAUGUGGAGAAUUCAGAUUCAGAAACUUAUUUAGCAUAUUGUGGUCCUGCAGUUUAUGAUGAAUUAACUUUACGACCGAUUUUUGCUUUGGUGUCUUGGAAUAUAUAUUAUUCAAAAUUGUCGGAAAUGACGGAUUCCCUAUUUGAAAAUAAUGUUGAGACUGCAGUGCAUGAAAUCAUACAUGGAUUAGGAUUUGUGGAUGAUUAUUUCUUUAGAUAUUAUGACUCAGUCACAGGAGAAAGCUACAACACGUCUAAUAGCUAUACUGUUUCAAAAGUGAUUUACUUGUCAACCCCAAGGGUAACUAAUUUUGUUCAGUAUCAUUUUAAUUGCACUACAUUAAAAGGAAUGCAAAUGGAAAACAAUGGAGGAUCUGGGACUCAAGGCUCCCAUUUUGAGAGAACUCUCUAUUACAAUGAAAUAAUGACAGGUUCUGACAUGACAGGAAACUUCUUGAUCACAGAUUUUACAUUUGAACUAUUUUAAGACACAGGAUUCUAUCGAAUAGCUGAAUAUUCACCAGAUAAAGCAUUAUGGGGGAAAAAUAAAGGAUGUGAUUUUGCAAAUUCACAAUGCUAAGGAGGCACCUUUUCUGAGUUCUGCUCAGUAGAUUAAGCCAAGUCCUGUUCCUUUUAUAAAUCUGGGGUUUCAAAAUGUAUGUCUGAAUAAUUAUCAGGACCAUGCAAAUAUUAAUACAUCUACUCUAAUUACGAUUGCAGGGAUCCUGAUAAUUUCGACUAUUGGAAAUCAUCAAGUUUAAUCUAACACUUUGGUUCUGAUAGUAUUUGUAUUUCUGGAUCAGUCUCAAAAUCAAAAACAUAUUCAGACUACACUUGCAUAUAAUACAAAUGUGAUGUAUCAAAUAAAUUAUCACUUGUUGUUGAUGGAAAAGAAUUCGAUUGUUCCGAAACGGAGAGCAUUAAACUUCCUGAAAAUUAUUAUGGCAGUUUAAAAUGUCCUUCAAAUCCCGAAGAAUUUUGUUAAAAUGUUGAUGAAUGCCCAAAUUCUUGUAGUUCAAAAGGUUUUUGUAUAAACACAGAAUGUAUCUGUAUGUAAGGUUACUCCUCAAAAGAUUGCAGUGUAGAAUGCACCAAAUAUAGAUACAAGGGUUCUUGCUUAGACAAAUGUCCAGAUUCCACUUAUGUCAAUGAAAAUAUCAAGUAUUGUAUUGGAUGCCCAGCUAAUUGUUUGGUGUGUUCAAAUUAUAAUAAAUGUACUUCAUGCAAGGCAGGAUAUGUUUUGAGAGGAGGUUUUUGCGAUAAUUAUAAGUUAAUCGAGUUACUUACAGUAAAUUUGUCGGCUUCAAAUUCAACUUCAAAUAACACUAAUUCUACAAAUACAAAUUCUGAUACUAAUUCAACAAAUACAAACAACAAUAGUACUUCGAAUCCUACCAGUAAUUCAACAGAUACUUCUACUAAUUCAACUGAUACGACAUCUAAUUCUACUGAUACAACAUCUAAUUCAACAGAUACAAAUUAAGCGUUGAAUUCAACAGACACAAAUUAAACUUCUAAUUCUACUGAUUCUGAAGAUUCCAACAUUAAUAUUGUAACUAAGGAGGAAUUAAUAUAUCUAAUAAAUUCAUUUUUAUUAGCAUUAUAUGUGUGA